AUGUGUGAAAAAUGCAAUCUUAAUUACGGAAGGUUAGAUAAGCCUACAUGUGCAGCUUGCCCUACAGGUUGCUUAAAUUGCACCAACAAUAUUAGCCGGUGUGAUAAAUGCGCUGACGGAUAUAAUUUAAAUAACGAAGGAGAUGUUUGUGAAAUUAUUUGCCACGACGAUAAUUGCCUUAAAUGCAAGGACGGCCAAAUGUGUGAAACAUGCAAACCCGGGUAUGGAUUGAAUCCGGAAGGCAAAUGCGGUCUAUGUAGCGUUACUAAUUGCGCCGAAUGCAAUGACGAUGUUACUAAAUGUACAAUAUGUGAUGAUGCUCUUGAGCCGAGCACUCAAAAAGAUGCUUGUGUCAAAUUCGACGGAGUCUCUCGGGUCUCAGGUCCAUUAUUUAUUGGACUCAUCUCUGUGCUGGGGACGGCAGUACUACUUUAA